CACCACCAUGACAACAGAGAAGAGCCCAGCGGCGGACGCCGACAGCUCGGACCAGCAGCAAGCCAAGGAGGAGGAAGGAGCUGCUGAAGCACAGAAGCAGGAGGCUUCUCUGGAGGAAGGGGCUCAGCCUACGUCAGAGGGGCAGGGGCAGAAGCAGAAGGCCUCCAACGGAGACACCCCCACGCACGAGGAGCAGAGCAAGAAGGAACGUCGCACCUCUGAGGGCCGGGGCCUGUCCCGCCUCUUCUCCUCCUUCCUCAGGAGGCCCAAGUCUCAGGUGUCUGAAGAGGAAAAAGACACUGAUGCUCCUAAAGAGGCAGGAGGUGACCAGAAAGGCGCAGGAUUAGGAGCCAGCCCUGAUGAAGACAUCCUGGUGAAAGCGCCGAUCGCAGCUCCUGAGCCCGAGCUCAAAACCGACCCGUCACUGGAUCUCCAUUCCUUGAGCAGUGCAGAAACACAGCCUGCACAGGAGGAGAGGAGGGACGAGCAGGAGCCAGAGGGCAAAGACCCUGAGGACAAGGAAGAAGGAGAAGCCAAGGAAGAGUGUGCCAAGCCGGAGCCUAAACCAGAGACUCCGGAGACCAAAGCAGACAAGGAUUUGAAAGCUGCCCAGAAAACAGUGAAAAGACACAGAAACAUGUACUGCAAAGUGGUCUUGCUGGAUGACACCAUUUUUGAGUGUGCUGUGGAUAAACAUGCCAAGGGACAGGAGCUCCUUAAAAAAGUCUGUGACCACCUCAAUCUGCUGGAAGAAGACUACUUUGGUUUGGCCAUAUGGGACACACCAACCUCCAGGACGUGGCUGGAUCCUGCCAAAGAAAUAAAAAAGCAGGUUCAUGGAGGCCCCUGGGAUUUUACCUUCAAUGUCAAGUUUUAUCCUCCAGAUCCUGCCCAGCUGACUGAGGAUAUAACCAGGUAUUACCUGUGUCUUCAGCUCAGACAGGACAUCCUCACGGGGCGGCUGCCCUGCUCCUUUGCAACCCUGGCCCUGCUGGGCUCCUACACGGUCCAGUCGGAGCUGGGGGACUAUGAUCCCGAGCUCCACGGCCCAGAUUACAUCACUGAGUUCAAACUGGCCCCAAACCAGACAAAAGAGCUCGAAGAGAAGGUUGUGGAGCUUCAUAAAACAUACAGAUCCAUGACUCCAGCCCAAGCAGACCUGGAAUUUCUUGAGAAUGCAAAAAAGCUGUCUAUGUAUGGAGUCGACCUUCACCAAGCCAAGGACUUGGAAGGAGUGGACAUCACUCUGGGAGUCUGUUCCAGUGGCCUUCUUGUUUACAAAGACAAACUGAGAAUCAACCGCUUCCCGUGGCCCAAAGUCCUGAAGAUUUCCUACAAACGUAGCAGCUUCUUCAUAAAGAUUCGGCCGGGGGAGCAAGAACAGUACGAAAGUACAAUUGGGUUCAAGCUUCCAAGCUACCGGGCAGCGAAGAAGCUGUGGAAAGUCUGUGUUGAACAUCACACCUUCUUCAGGCUGACUUCCACCGAGGCCAUCCCGAAGAGCAGGUUCCUGGCGCUGGGCUCCAAGUUCCGCUACAGCGGGCGGACGCAGGCGCAGACGCGGCAGGCGAGCGCCCUGAUCGACCGGCCCGCGCCCCAGUUCGAGCGCACGGCCAGCAAACGAGCCUCCAGGAGCCUGGAUGGAGCUAAACGUGCGACUCAGAAAGUUGAGUUCAGGACCGUAGAGGAAGAGAAGCAGAAGGAGGUGGUGGUGGUUGAGGUUCCUGAACCAAAACCUGCGGAUCAGAUCCGAGAGAAGCCAGCCAAACACACUCUUGAAACUUUUGAAAUGAAACCCAUUGCAGAGGAGGAAGAGGAGGAGGAGAAGGUAGAGGUGGUUAAGGUUCCUGUUGCCAAGCCAAAGUUCCCGGAGCCGGUGCCGCCGCGGUCAGCCAAACGUGAUCUUGGCAGUAUUGAGAUAAGCCCAAUUGAAGAGGAGGAGGAGGAGGAGGAGGAGGAGGAGGAAGAAAAAAUGAUGAUGGUGAGAGAACUAGAGCCAGUCCCGAAGGAGCCAGCAGUGGCUGUGAUAACCCCGGAGCGGAGUCCCCGGCCCACCUCGGCCCCGGCCAUCGCUCAGAGCCACCCUGCAGAGCCAGCCCCAGCUAAGCCUGACGUGAAGGAUGUGGCCACAUCUAAAAUAGGGAAGGAAACAGCAAAAGCUGAUGUGAGACGUGAGGAAUUCCCACCAGAGAAAGCCAAGGCAGAGCCAGCUGAUGCAUCCAAGGUGAGGAAAACACACAUUGAGGUCACAGUCCCCACCACGAAUGGUGCCCAGCCCCAGCAGCAACCUGCAGAAAAAGAGGAAGAGCUGAUAAGAAUGAGGAAGAAGAGAUCAAAGAGGCUAGAUGGUGAAAACAUUUAUAUCAGGCAUAGCAAUUUAAUGUUGGAGGAUCUAGAUAAGCCCCAGGAGGAAAUCAAGAAGCACCAUGCCAACAUCAGCGAGCUGAAGAAGAACUUCAUGGAGUCCGUCCCGGAGCCGCGGCCGAGCGAGUGGGACAAACGUCUGUCCACCCACUCCCCUUUCCGGACCCUCAACGUCAACGGGCAGAUCCCCACAGGAGCGGAUGGAGUCAAGAAAGUCACUGUCCUAUCUUCUGAGAGACAGAAAAUGAGUGACUUUUCCUCCCAAGAGGAUGUGGCUGCAGUGCCAGAGAGGAGCAGUGUUAACUCUGGCUUUGCAUGGGAGGGCUCAAAGCAGUCGGUAGCUUUUAGUGAGACCCCAGUGCCACCCGCCUCAGAGCCUUCUCCCAGCCAGCACUUUGGUGCUUCCUCCCUAAGCAGCGAGGAGGAGGAGGUGGAGGAGAAGGAGGAGGAGGAGGCAGCUCCCAGCCUCCCCACCAGCGAGGAGGACCUGACAUGUGGAAAGGGGGUUUGUGUGGAUGUGGAGAAGGACUCGGAGCUCUCUGAGCUGGAGCCCCCCACCAGCCCUGCACCUCCCCAGCAGCCCUGGGGAGAGGAGGAGGAGGAGGAGGAGGAGGAGGUGGCAGAGGAUGGUGAAGACAGCUUUGCCUUUAGAAAGCCCCAUGGAGAGUGUCACAACUCAGAUGCUCCCAGCGGGCUGCCCGUGGUCAUUCGCUGCUUCCAGCCCCCCCUGGUGAAGACACAGACUGUCACCAUCUCUGACGUGUCCAGCGCCAUCAAAAGCGAAAUUCCCACAAAAGAAGUCCCCAUUGUCCACACGGAGACAAAGACCAUCACCUAUGAAGCUGCACAGACAGACGGUGGCAAUGGGGAUUUAGACCCUGGAAUCCUGCUGACUGCCCAGACCAUCACUUCAGAAACCACCAGCAGCACCACCACCACCCAGAUCACCAAGACUGUAAAAGGUGGCAUUUCAGAGACACGGAUUGAGAAGAGGAUUGUCAUCACAGGAGAUGCAGAUGUAGACCAUGACCAGGUCCUGGCACAGGCGAUCAAGGCGGCGAAGGAGCAGCACCCGGACAUGUCGGUGACCAAAGUGGUCGUGCACCAGGAGACUGAGAUUGCAGAGGAGUAGCCAGGCUGUGAAACGUUCCUGCCAGCCACAACACCAGGAAAAAGAAACCCAGCAAAACUACCAAGAAACUACCUGGAGCACAAAGACCUCGGAUUUCAGACUUUGACACUCAGAGACAUUCAUAUCAUUUAUUAGGAGUUGCGCUUUGACAUUUUAUUGGGAUUUUUCCAGGCUCCACUGGAUCCUAUUGGAUAUAAGGUUUUGUUUUGUUGUUGGUUUUUUUUUUUGUUUCUGUUUUUGUUUUUUUUUUUAUAUCUAUUGUGACAGAAAUCUGCCAUAUUUCUAACUGUACUGAAUAUUUUUUACAGGUUUUCAAUUUUGCAUUCCCUCUCAUGCAAAGCCUCUUCAGACACAGCCCCCACCCCAAAACCUCACAGGGCUCCAGGGCUCCCCCUGUUUUAUCUCCCAUUCCCUCCACCUCGCCUGGGAUAAGGGAGCCAAAGCCACCUCUGUGCAUAUUCCCAGUGCAGGAUCCAGACUUGCCUUCCCAAAGCCAUGGGUCCUCCUGCCAGGAGAGUCAGUUUAAAGAGUCAAGACUUCAGUUUUGUGCAGCAUUUCCGACUGCCUCUGGAUUAUUCCUGUAGCUCUUGGGAGCUGCCCCCCCCUCCCUGAGCUCCCUCCCCGUUGGGAUCCAGCCCCCAGUGUGUGAUCACAGUAGGGUUUUGUGGUGUAGCCUGUGCACACAUCUGAAUAGCUGACUAGAUUUAAGGAAUACUGGAAAAGUUGCUUCAAGUAUCUUUAUACUGUGAAUUUUAGAGCUUUAAAGAGGACUGUGGUAGCAUCUCACCCUCCUCCCGUGUGUCUCUGCCGAGUGCUCCCCGCCCUGUUUGUGUUUUCUAGAUGCCAUUAAAUUAAAAAAAAAGCCCUUAGAAGUGUGUGUUUAAGGUGUGUGGACUCGGGAUGCUAUUAAGGUAGGCUUGUGCAGCAUUCACAGGAACUGAGUUUUUUCAGUGUCAUAGUUUUACACUUGUUUGUGUUCAUGAUUUUUAAAUUAGGGAGGUUUUUUUGGGUUUUUUUGUUUUUUAUUUUGUAAGUCAUGGGUUGGGUUUUUUUUCCUCCCCUCGCAGUGCUAUUUAAAGCUGAACACGUUACCCAUCUCCCAGGGUGUGUAUCCUACUAUCAUUUAAUUUAAACUCCUUUAGACAAUCCUUCCUAGGCCUGUAAGCUGUAUUUGGAGAGGCUGAACAAGGAGUUUUAGGAGGUGUCAGGUGUUGCUGGUCAUGAUAGAGCCAAACCACAUGGGAAGUGCUGACAUUCCCUCUUCCACGCUGUCCUGGGGGGUCUGGAUUUGGCUUCAUGUCCCCCUUGCUGGAAUGAAAUCCCAGGGUGGGUGUCUGCAGCUUUAGGCUGGGCUUAGAGACCCCCAGGAUGAUCUCCAGUGUGGAAGGGGUGACCCAAAAACAUGAUUCCAGGGGCUGGAUGUGCUUCCCUCCCCUGCACCAGGGGCUGAGCUCCCACUGAGCUUUCUGGGAAUAUUCUAAUCAUGCCUGGGUUUGUCCUUCCAGCAUUUAAAUUCAAAAAGCAGAAAAAAAAACAACCAACCAAGCUUUGUAAAGAGUCUGCACAGACACUUGUGAACACUUUGGUCCACUUUGAGGUUGUGAUUUUUUUUUUUUUAAAUGUAUAAAUAUAUAUAUAUAUAAAAUAGUGUGUGGCACAUUGGUAGCUGAGGGCAGGGAGUGCUCUGCUGCUCCUCAGGCGAGGAUGGGAAGAAAAUGGCAAUAAAGAAAAAGCUCUCUCCAGUUUCAAAUUUGAAUGAUGUGUUUCAGAAGUCACUGGAUUUAGCUCAGGCUGCAACGACUCGCUGUCGAGCUGCAAACAGCCUUGGAUCUGCACCAGGGCUGCUGCAGCUUCUCAGAUUCAGGUGCAAUUUUAAUUAAGUUGUCAGUAUUGAUUGGAGACUCUGCUGGAGCUGCUGGAUUUUGGCUUUCCUAGAGCCUUGCUGGCCCCUGCUCACCCUCCAGCCUUCCCAUGCCAACAGCUGCUUCUGGGCUGCUCUGGGUGCAGGAUCCCCUCCUGGGAUGCUCUGCCUUCCACAGGGCAUCCUGCUCUGGGGAUUUAGGGAGUCCUGGGCUCCACAGCUGUAGUGUAGAGAUUAAGUCUUCCUCUACCUGUCUGAACAACCCCUUCUUUCCUUAUUCUGCCCCGCAGACCUUGGAGCAGGUCUGUGUCCCUGCUGUCCUCAACUUAGUUGGGUAACGCUUGCCUUAAACACCCCUCAUGCUGAGCACCCUCUGGCACUGUCCUUUUUCUGGGAAUUUAGCUUUUUUCCCCACUCAGUCCUUCCUUCUCACCUGCAGCAGCCACCUGAGGAGGGAAUGGGCACAUGGAGUAGUGGCUGAGAGGAUUUCUGGGCUUUACCAGGCAGAGCCAGUGUGAUAAAUUAAGUUUGUCCAUAGCACUUAAAGGCACUUGGCUGCCCCAAGAAUUGAGGGGAACCUGGUCCCUGGGUGUUCCCUUGGGGUGUCCUGUGCCCUGAGCACAAUGAGGGGGACAAAACACCCUGAGCAGGGGAUUUCUGGGGGUGAGAAACCUGCUGGCAGGAGAGGUGGUUCCUUCCCAAAGGGACGUGCCCGCUGGGGCUGCGGACGUCCCUUUUUAAGGGCUCGUAUUUUACUUUUCCCCUGGAUUUUGGGUGGCCAUUUCCAGGCUGUCCACUCUCACACUUCCCCCCCCCCCUGCAGAGUUCUUGCUUCUCCUUGAGUAUUUUAAACAAGCCAUGGCCUCAUCUGCCCCUUUGCCAUCACCUGCUGUCCGACCCCGGGGGUUUCCCGCUGACCCUCUCCCGCCGACACGAGCCCGGGAGCUGGAUGGGAGCAGCAGCAGCCUGGGAAGAAGAUAAAAGUUAAGAGCAGAAGAAGCUUCUUCCACCCUCAUCCAGGGCCGUGGUGGGGCUGCCCACACCCCUUCCACCUCCAGUGGGAUUUAAGAUCCUUGGCUCUGAGCGGUGCUGUGUCAGCUCGAGGGACAAACUGGCUAAGUAAGGUCUAUUUAUAUGAAUGUUCCCAGCUCUUCCCACUCCACAAAUUCACCCAGAGACUGUCUUGAUUGUAUAAUAUACAUUAUAUGGAAGCUAUUUAUAUAUGAAUGAAUGUUUUUAUAGAAAGGAAGGCAAGGAGCUCCUGUUCUCCUCCAUUAAACUGGAACGGUGGCUCCAAUUGCCUGAUAGCAAUCCCUGACCAAGAGAUGUGUUAGCAAAGGACUGACUGAUUUCUGGUUUUAAUAAACUGUGGUUUGCUGAUUUUCCUAAUUGUACAAUUACCUUAAGAGGUGGUAGUGUCCCAGCCUUAGAGGUGCAACUUGUAAAAAAAAAAGAAAGAAAAAAAAAAGAAAAAAAAA